CUCCCCGGUGAAGACGUAUUCUUCCGCCGCCAUCCCUCAUCCUGAGCCACACAGCCACACACUCACACCCCAACAUGAGCUACACAGUGGAAGAGAGGGGCAACCCCAACACCUUGAACUACCGCAUUUUCUUCAAAAAUGCUGAAGGAAAGUACAUCUCGCCCUUCCAUGACAUACCAAUGUAUGCCGAUGAGAGUCAGAACAUCUUUCACAUGGUAGUUGAAGUGCCAAGAUGGACAAACGCAAAAAUGGAGAUUGCAACAAAAGACCUCCUGAACCCGAUCAAGCAGGAUGUGAAGAAAGGCAAGUUGCGAUAUGUUGCCAAUGUUUUCCCACACAAGGGCUACAUCUGGAACUAUGGAGCCAUUCCCCAGACGUGGGAGGACCCUGCACAUAAAGAUGGAGACACAGGCUGCUGUGGUGACAACGAUCCCAUUGAUGUUUGUGAAAUCGGCACUAAGGUGUGCUCCCGCGGGGAUGUAAUCAAAGUGAAAGCACUUGGGAUCCUCGCCAUGAUCGAUGAGGGUGAGACUGAUUGGAAGGUGAUUGCAAUCAAUGUGGAGGAUCCGGAGGCCAACCACUUGAACAACAUCGGGGACGUCCAGCGCCUGAAGCCAGGAUACCUGGAGGCCACAGUCGACUGGUUCAGGAGGUACAAAGUGCCAGAUGGGAAGCCAGAGAACCGGUUUGCUUUCAACGACGAGUUCAAAGACAAGGACUUUGCCAUUGAGGUGAUUAAGGGCACCCACGACUCCUGGAAAGACCUCAUUUCCCAAAAGGCCAGCUCUGGUGAACUGAUCUGCAAAAAUACGUGCGUCUCGAGUGGCGACAGCGCAUUCUCCUGCUCAGCGGAUGAGGCAAAAGUGGCUGUUGAACAAACAUGUCCUUUUGGAGAAGGAGAGUCCAUCCCCUCAUCAGUUGAUAAAUGGUUCUACUAUGAGAGGAAGUAAGCCGCCAGCUUCUUGGACUGGAGUGGAUGAAAGGCUCUUCUCUCACAGAAAUACUUGAAGAUGAAGUUCUUGUCAGGAACUGAUGUGAUGAAGAGUCGCUCAGAACCAGUGGGAUGGUGGAGGCCUGGGUCUGGGUCGGCUGUCUUCCCGUAGAGCUAGUUAAUAGAUACUGUAAAGAAUGAGAACAGUCCAAACACACUCAUGUCUUGACCAACAACACAUUUCCACUUAUUAAACAAAGAUCUCUUUGGAGAUGUGCUAUUAUGAGCAACGUACAAACGCUAUGCCUUGUAGACACCUGUGCCCUGCGUGAGACCGCUGUGCUUUAAUAAAGCUCCUCUGGUGAAAGAA